CAAUUCAUUCAAACAAUCACUUCAUUUGAUCCCAAGAUAUGACACAACAAAUGAAAUAUAAGAAGACAUCACUCGAGACCACAGAUGACGGCAAUGAAGACAUCAGUCAACAGACACAAAUGUAUGCCAAAGACUCUUUGGAUCGAUUCGGUGAUGAUUUGUGUGAACUUCUCUUGUCUUAUCUCUCACUCGAAGAUCGGUUUCGAUUUGAAUGUCUGUCCAAACAGUUCCAGAGGGCAGUCUUCACGAGUGUUGUGAACAUCACUCUUAGCGACGGAUUUAUACAGAGAUUAGUGACAAAUGCGAAGACAAUUGACACCCAAUUGUUGGCCACAAUUGCCAUAAAGUGUCCAAACAUUGUGAUCAUUGACUGUCGAGGAAUGCAUUCAUUUGUUGCAGACAUUCCUAAAGCGUUGAAAACAUUUCGAGAUAAUUGUCUUCAUUUGCGAGAAAUUUAUUGCAAUUUAAGGCAAAAUAGCGGACAAACAAUGGCUACAAUCGGACCACUGGUCACACGAAUCAAUGUUAUCGGCAGUUAUAGCGACACUCAAUCACUCACUCAUUGCCACCGAUUGUCUCAUUUGAGUGCCAGUAGUUUGAGUCAAGUGUUUGACACUUCCGGACAACUAAUGACAAAGAAUUUGAAUACAUUUGAAAUACAAUUCAAUUCAGACGACGAUUACCACCGAUUGUCUGCAUUCGUGGCGCAGAACGAGUCACUCAAAUGUCUUGACGUUAUGUGUGUUUUACGUGUGUCUGAAGAGACACUGACCGCACUGUCGGCACAAUUGUCACGAUUUACACAAUUACGGCAAUUGAGUCUCGCGUUGAACAUAACUGGCGCUCAAACCUCACUCACCGACACUUUGCGCACAAUUGGCGUGAAUUGUAAACAAUUGCAACGAUUGUCACUUCAGUUGUCGCACACCGAUAGCCAUGGAUUCAAUCGUAAGACAUUGGAUUCGUUACGAUUUUGUCACCGAUUAAAACGAUUGCGUUUAACAAUAUGUGUGGACAUCGAUGAGAAAUUGUUGGAACCGUUGCGACACUGCAAGAGAUUAACGCAUUUAGAGCUCUAUAUAAGCGAAAUGACAGCAAAUGUGUUGAAAGAUUUGCACAUAAAGUGUCCGCGACUUCAAUACCUAUGCAUUCAAGACUUCAAUAACACGAUAGACACCGAGUGUUUGUCUCACAUCUCAAGACUACCGGCGCUGCAAAUGCUUGUCAUUCAUUUCGAUGAAUCUGACGCAGAAUCUGAUAAUCUCUCGGAUAAUGAUUUUUAUGAUCUGUUGUCCAGAAAUAUGGCGCAACACAUGAAACACUUGAAGACAUCACUCGAGACCACAGAUGACGGCAAUGAAGACAUCAGUCAACAGUCACAAAUCUAUGCGAAAGACUCUUUGGAUCGAUUCGGUGAUGAUUUGUGUGCACUUCUUGUGUCUUAUCUCUCACUCGAAGAUCGGUUUCGAUUGGAAUGUGUGUCCAAACAGUUCCAGAGGACAGUCUUCACGAGUGUUGUGGACAUUACUCUUAGCGACCGAUUUAUGCAAAGAUUACUGACAAAAGCGAAGACAAUUGACACUCAAUUGUUGGCCACAAUUGCCAUAAAGUGUCCGAAGAUUGAGACCAUUGACUACACUUCCGGACAACCUUUGGCCAAGAAUUUGCAUAAUUGUGAAUUGUAUUACUAUUACUAUAAUGACAACCAAUUGUCUGCAUUCGUGGCACACAAUCAGUCCCUAAGAAGUCUUGACAUAAAAUAUAUGGAAUAUAAGACCAACGCGUUGUGGAUGGAAAUGUGCGGACAAUUGUCACGAUUAACACAAUUACGGCAAUUGAAACUCGGUUUGGAUCUAAUGAAUGACGACAACUCAUUGGCCGACUUUUUGCACACAAUUGGCGUGAAUUGCGGACAAUUGAAACGAUUGUCACUCCGAUUGUUCUCACGUCUGAACGAAACCAAUGUUCAGACAUUGCAUUCUUUGCAAUAUUACAGACAAUUAAAACGAUUGGAUUUGAGAUUCAAUGCGACCGCCGAUGAGAUAUCGUUGGAACCGUUGAGACACUGCCGACGGUUAACACAUUUAGACAUCUAUUUGAGAGGAAUGAACGCAAAUGUGUUAACAAUUAUCCGCACAAAUUGUCCACAACUGCAAUAUCUAUGCAUUCAUGAGACCUAUUGUUUGCCACACAUUCCAACACUAAUCGAUAUGGCCCAACAGUUGACACAAAUGAUGGCAUCACUCGAGACCACAGAUGGCUGUGAAGACAGACAACAGCCACAGAUUUACGCGAAGAACUCAAUGGACAGAUUCGGUGAUGAUUUGUGUGAACUUCUGUUGUCUUACCUGUCAUUUGAAGAUCGGUUUCAAUGCGAAUGUGUGUCCAAACAGUUCCGGAGGACAGUCUUCGGGAGUGUUGUCUGCAUUGAUAUCAACGACCGAUUUAUACAUAGAUUAUUGAUUAACAAUACAAUUGACACCCAAUUGUUGGCCACAAUUGCCAUAAAGUGUCCGAACAUUGAAACCAUUGACUGUCGAGGAAUAUGGAUGUCAGAGAAUAGGGAACACAUUCCCGAAAUGUUGGCCAUAAUUCGAGACAAUUGUCUUAAUUUGCGGGAAAUUUCGUGCAAUUUAUGGCAAAAUAGCGGACAAACAAUGCCUACAAUCGGACCACUGGUCACACGAAUCGAUGUUACCGAUGAUUAUAUCGACAUUCAAUUACUCACUCAUUGCCACCGAUUGUCGCAUUUGAAAGUCUUUUGUUUGAGUCAAGUCUUUGACACUUCCGGACAACUAAUGGCAAAGAAUUUGAAUACAUUUGAGUUAAAUAACUAUUCAGCCGAUGAUUACUACCGAUUGUCUGCAUUCGUGGCACAGAAUCAGUCCCUCAAAUGUCUUGUCGUCAAAAUGUGUAAACUUGAAACUUAUGAAACACUGACCGAAAUGUGUGAACAUUUGUCACAAUUAACACAAUUACGGGAAUUGAGACUUAAUAUAAUUAUAUCGACUUAUAUUAAGUCAUUGGACGACACUUUGCGUCCAAUUGGCGUGAAUUGCAAACAACUGAAACGAUUGUCACUCCAGUUCUGUGACUUCAGCCAUAUUUAUGAAUUCAAUGGCCAGACAUUGGAUUCGUUGCGAUAUUUCCGGCGAUUAAAACGAUUGCAUUUAUCCAUAACUCCGACCGUCAAUGAGAUAGUGUUGGAACCGUUGAGACACUGCCGAAGAUAUCGAGUGUUUGUCACACCUCUCAAGACUACCGGCGCUGCAAACGCUUGUCAUUCAAUGCAAAGGCGAUAA